CCAGACUCACAUCUCGACUGCUUCUCCGCCAGCCAACGCCUCCUCUGAUUGGCUCAGACGUGCGUCGUGCGUGAUACGGUCACGAGGCGCCGGCAUUACUAUAAGAGCGCCGCUGUGUCGCGUGCGCGUCUCUUUCUCAGUGACCGGGUCGCGUAGUUAGGCGCAGACGGGUAAGCGGAGCCAGCAUGCCGGUGGCCCGGAGCUGGGUUUGUCGCAAAACUUAUGUGACCCCGCGGAGACCCUUCGAGAAAUCUCGUCUGGACCAAGAGCUGAAGCUGAUCGGCGAGUAUGGGCUCCGGAACAAACGUGAGGUCUGGAGGGUCAAAUUUACCCUGGCCAAGAUCCGCAAGGCCGCCCGAGAGCUGCUGACACUUGACGAGAAGGAUCCACGGCGUCUUUUCGAAGGCAAUGCCCUGCUGCGGCGGCUGGUCCGCAUUGGGGUGCUGGAUGAGGGCAAGAUGAAGCUGGAUUACAUCCUGGGCCUGAAGAUCGAGGAUUUCUUAGAGAGACGCCUGCAGACCCAGGUCUUCAAGCUGGGCUUGGCCAAGUCCAUCCACCACGCCCGCGUGCUGAUCCGCCAGCGCCAUAUCAGGGUCCGCAAGCAGGUGGUGAACAUCCCGUCCUUCAUUGUCCGCCUGGAUUCCCAGAAGCACAUUGACUUCUCCCUCCGCUCUCCCUACGGGGGCGGCCGCCCAGGCCGCGUGAAGAGGAAGAAUGCCAAGAAGGGUCAGGGCGGGGCUGGAGCUGGGGAUGAUGAGGAGGAGGAUUAAGCCCACCUGUCCCCCUCUUGGGCUCGUGGAUUGCCGAGUUUUCCUGCUGAAUAAACAGGAUUAGCGCUUUAUGUA